UUCAUAUAAUCUGUGUCAGUACGAUAGGCGUCGACAGCGCUCCUAGUGUUAGUCUUUCUUCCCAAUAGUAGUCGAAUAUUCUGUGACAUUACUCAAUUACUACAAUUCGUGCUCACAACAGUCACAAGUCACAUUAGUACAUUACACAGACUGCUAUAAUACCACGACAGAGGAUGUUUUUACUCAGAUACACUACAUUAUUAUAGAAAUCUGUGCUACAUUAUUAUAUAGUCACGAUUAUGGCCCCGAUGGCUUCAUAUAUUCUGUGAUUAUAGUACCCCUUUAUCAUAAUAUUACAUAAUAACAUGGUAUAUGCACAGAAUAUUCUGGGUUUCUGUGGUAUAAGCAAAAAAAAUUAGUAAAUACACCGAGAUAGAUAGCAGAUUUUGAAUUGUUAAUUUUCGUAUUUUUGUUCUCUAUAUUAUAUUUUGUAGUAUCUAACUAGUUAUAUAGUAUAAUGUACUAUAAUAGUUUUAUAGGAACUUGUCGUGAACAAAUUUAAUCGACGUUUUAAUAGCAUUGUAAUUACAAUAUUAUUAUAUUAAUUUUUAUUAUUUUCAUUCUUUUUUUUUUUAAUCAACUAGUGUAAACACUUGUUUGGUAAAUAUAAUGAAUAUUAUAAACUAUAAUUAUAAUUUAAAUAUAAUUCAUCGUAGCUUACUACUUAUUGCAAUUUAAACUGUUUAAAACUUCUCUAUAUACUGGUAUCUAUUUUACAAUUCAUAUAAAAUAUGGAAUUCGUUUUAUUUAAUUUCACUAAACUAAAAUCUAUCUGACCAAUUAUAUGAACGUUGUGACACUCAAUUAUUGUUUAUUUAUAAAUACAAACUAAAUAGUAAACACUAACGCAAUAUGGAUAGAAAAAAAUUGGUUGCUCUACAGCCGUUUGAAUUGCACAAAGAAUUAUUGGACAAGUAUCUAGAGUACUGCAAAUUCAUUGAUAUAAAAAAACGUGAAAAACGUGAUUUCGAUGUUAUACAGGAAAACCAUAAGUUUGUAUGGGAAGAAGACGACGAAGCUUCCACUUGGGAGCAGAAAUUGGCUAAGAAGUAUUAUGACAAAUUGUUCAAAGAAUAUUGCAUUUGUGACUUGAGUUUAUAUAAAAAGUCUAAGGUAGCAAUGCGUUGGCAAACUGAAGGUGAAUUGGUUAGUGGUAAAGGUCAGUUCAUUUGCGGCAAUAAAAUUUGUGAUGAAACAUCACAUCUACGGACAUGGGAAGUAAAUUUUAAUUACAUGGAACACUCUGUAACAAAAAAUACUCUAGUCAAACUAAGAUUAUGUAUGGAUUGUUCCAAUAAAUUGAAUUAUAAACAUAAAAAGAAAGAAGUCAAACGCCAAAUUUCCAAAUCGAAAAAAGAUAAAUCAAAACAUUCUAACAGAGAUCGAGAAAAAUCCGUUAGUCGACCAACUACUAGCGUUCAGAGUGAAAUACCAGUAACUUCUAAACUAGCCGUUGAAGAUAAUGUUUGGAGUGAACAGCAACAAAUAGAUGAGGAAAAACCAAGAGAAGAUGAUUUUGAAAAUUACUUAGAACAACUGCUAUUUUAAAUAAAUUGUUAUAUUUUA